AUGGAAGAUAAUGAAAGAGGGAUGGCUGUGGUAACCCAUAGUGGAAAGAUGGAAAAAGGGAAUGUGAUGGAAGAUGAGAACCCUCGACUGCAGGAAGAGAGCCAGGGUAUAGAGGAACGGGAAUCACCUAUUCCACAAAACCUUGCCAAAGAACCACAAGUUGAUGUAAAGCAACAUAUUCAAGCUCCGAAAAUCACGCACCCUUUACCCAAAAUACCUCCACCCUUUCCUCAACGUUUGAAAAACAAGAAUGAAGACGAGAAGUUGAAAUUUUUUUUGUCAGUAUUCAAGAACUUAUCAAUUAACCUCCCUCUGGUAGAAGCAUUGUUAGAAAUGCCGGGGUAUGCCAAAUUCAUGAAGGAGCUGGUUACAAAGAAAAGGACCUUGGAGUAUGGAACGAUUGAGGUGCCCCAUAGUUGCAGUGCAAUUAUGACAAAUGAGUCAAUCACUAAGAGAGAAGAUCUUGGGGUAUUCACAAUUCCAUGCACAAUUGGCAUGCUCCAAUUCGCUAAAGAUUUGUGCGACUUGGGAUUAAGCAUUAACUUGAUGCCCUAUGCAAUAUACAAGCAAUUUGGUUUAGGUGAACCAAAGGCAACCACAAUGAGACUCCUUAUGGCUGAUCGAUCAAUCAAGCACCCAGUGGGGAUACUCCAUGACAUAUUGGUAAAGGUAGAUCGGUUCAUCUUUCCAGCUGAUUUUGUGAUUCUAGACUGUGAGAUCGACGUUGAAAUCAUUAUUUUGGGAAGGUCAUUCUUGGGUACCGAGAGAGCAUUGGUGGAUGUUGAAAGCGGAAAAUUGAAGUUCCGUGUGAACGAUGAUGAGGUGACCUUCAAUAACUGUAAAUCCAUUAAGCAACCAAGUAAUAUCCAUGUGGUGUCUACUGAGGAUGUUAUAGAUGAGGCAGUGGCAAGUGUUAGCCAUUUAAUGCGAAAGAAUGAACCCCUUGAGUCUGUACUCGCUAACUAUGAUGAAUCCAAAAUUCAAGGCUAUAAGGAAAUGGUAGCUGCUUUAUCAGGGUUAGGAGUAUACUCAAGGAAUCCAAUCAAGUUGGACAUCGACCUAAAAAAUAGAGAAAGUCCUCCUACAAAGCCAUCAACAGAUGAACCCCCAAAUAUGGAAUUAAAAUUCCUAUCCUCUCAUCUAAAGUAUGCCUUCUUAGGAGCCAAUAACACAUUACUAGUGAUUAUUGCAGCCGAUUUGCUCUAA